ACCCUGAAAGCCACAAUGAAGGAAGCAUCUGUCAGAGUUCUGCUCGUGCUGAUUUUAAUGACCUGCUGCACAACAAGCAAAGCAGCUGGUCUGACUGUGAGUCCCAGCAGAUCUCAGUUCUUUGUGAGACAGUCUGUGUCUCUGAGCUGUGAGGAGAACAACAGCUCUGGUAUUUCUACUAUAUGGAGGAACACAACUGAAGGAAACAACAGGUGUGGAGAUGGAUGGGGGGAACCAGCUGGUUCUACCUGUAACAUCACCUACCUGUUCCUUGAAGACAGUGGAGUUUACUGGUGUGGGUCGUCCAGAGAGGGAGCAGCCAGCAGCAGCAUCCAGCUCUCUGUCACUGGUGGAUCAGUGAUCCUGCAGAGUCCUGUCCUCCCUGUGAUGGAGGGAGAUGACGUCACUCUGAGCUGUCUAACAAAGACCACUCCCUCCAACCUCCCAGCUGCUUUCUAUAAAGAUGGCUCCCUCAUCAGGACUGAGCCCAAAGGUCACAUGACCCUCCACCAUGUGACCAGCUCUGAUGAAGGCCUCUACAGGUGUAACAUCAGGGGUCACGGAGAGUCUCCAUCCAGCUGGAUCUCUGUUGAAGGGAAACCAACCCCCUCUUCUCCUCCUCCUCCUCCACCUUCAUCCUCCUCUCUUCCUGCUGCCCAUCCUCUCCCUACUACCAUAGCAGUCCCUGCUAUGUUUAUCGUUUUGCUUUCACUUCUUCUGGUUCUGCUGGUGAGACGGUAUGUUUGCAGGAAAACUGACGCUGAGGAGAUGAAAGAACAAGAGCAGAGCAUCACCUACAGUGAGCUGACAAUCCAGCAGCAGCCGCUCAGAAGCAGCAGAGAUAGAGAUUCAGCUGCUGUUUGCUCUGCAGUGAGGACAGAAGAUGUCAGCUAUGGAGAGAUAAACAUUAGAGAGCCUGGAGACGAACAGAGGAUCAGAGAGGAAGAUCCAGGUUCAGUUUACUCUGCAGUGAGGAAGGAGGACAUCAGCUAUGGACAGAUCAACAUCAGAGAGCCUGGAGACAAAAGGAGGAUCAGCGAGGAAGAUCCAGGUUCAGUUUACUCUGCAGUGAGGAAGGAGGAGAUCAGCUACGGACAGAUCAACAUCAGACCAAAGAGGACCAGAGAGCUGGGAGCCAAGCCAGAUGUCCUCUACUCUUCAUUCAGAUAGUGCCGACCGACCAGCCGAUGGACGGUAGCGUCUCCGCCUUCAACUUUAAUAUUCAGGGUUUAUCAUUAUUUUCUUUAAAGUAACAAACUGCAAAAAAAAAUAAAUAAAUAAAUAAAUAAAUAAAUAAUAUAAAUAAAUAAAAAUCAAUGGAACCAAAGCAAAGAAGUGAAGAAUUACUUUCCUUUAGCAGAGAUUUUUAUUUCAUUUAUGGUCCUAAGUUUAAGCUAAGUUUGUUUGUUUGUUCGUCUAAUUUAUUUAUUUCUAUCUUCUCUCUGUGCUUGUUUAAUAAAGCCUGAUCUUACCUGUGUUUGUCAUGUGGUC